GGAAAAAAUAGCGAGCCAUAGAGAGGGGGGGAGACAUGGAAGGGAACAGAGACGAAGCGGAGAAAUGUAUGAAUAUAGCGACGAAAGCCCUCGAAGCAGGAGACAAGGACAAGGCUAUCAAAUUCCUGAACAAAGCGGAGAAAUUAUUCCCGACUGACAAAGCGAAAGUGUUGUUGGAGGCCCUGUUGAAGAAUGGCAGUUCGGCCGGUAACGGAGGAGCGCAUUACAGAAAGGCAGCAAAUGGCACAGAGACGACGGCGACGCCCCCGCCACAGCAGAACCAGGAAUCAGCAAACAGCGAAUCGCCCAAGAGCUUCACCAAGGACCAGGUGGAGGGAGUGCAGAGGAUAAAGAGGUGUAAGGACUACUAUGAGGUUCUGGGUGUCAGUAAGGAUGCUAAUGACGAGGAGCUGAAGAAAGCCUACAGGAAGCUGGCGCUAAAGUUUCACCCGGAUAAAAAUCAUGCUCCUGGAGCUACAGAGGCAUUUAAAAAGAUCGGGAACGCGUACGCAGUGCUGAGUAACGCGGAGAAGAGGAGGCAGUACGAUGUGAGUGGAGCAGAAGAGCCCAGCAGCCCGGGACACGGGGGACACGGGGGAUUUGAGUUUAACCGAGGCUUUGAGGCCGACAUCACGCCUGAGGAUCUCUUCAACAUGUUCUUCGGAGGCGGCUUCCCCUCCUCGAGUACAUUUGCUAAUGGCCGGGAUCGAUACACCCAGCAGACGGAGCAGAUGAGGAGGGAGAGGGAGGAGAGAGGAGAUGGAGGCUUCUCCAUGUUUAUCCAGCUGAUGCCGAUCGUGGUGUUGAUCCUGGUGUCUGUUCUCAGUCAGCUAAUGGUUUCCACUCCUCCGUACAGCCUCUACUCCAGACCCUCAACAGGUCAGACGGUGAAGAGACAGACGGAGAACCUGCACGUGGAUUAUUACGUCACACGAGACUUCAAAUCGGAGUAUAAGGGCUCGGCACUGCAGAAAAUCGAGAAGAGCGUGGAGGAGGAUUACGUGUCUAAUGUGCGCAACAACUGCUGGAAGGAGCGACAGACAAAAACAGACCUUCUGUACGCUGCUAAAGUAUACCGAGACGAUCGUCUGCGCAGGAAGGCCGAGCUCAUGACCUUGGACAACUGUAAAGAGCUUGACAGACUAAACGAUCUGUUUCGCGGCGGAUGAGCCUCGCUCAGCACGGACUCUUAGCACAUAGAUAUGACAGAUUCUAUAUGUAUAUGUCACAAAUGUAAAUGUUUUUUAAGGAAAGAUAUCAGGAUGUUAGGAGAGAAAAAAACAUACUAAAAAUUUAUGUCUAAUGUACUGUGAGAGAUCUUUUACUUUUAAACUGUUAUCAUCAUCAUCAUCAUCAUCAUCAUCACGACUCCCUGCUGCUUAUGGCUGAAAUCCUCACGCCAUUUUACCUCUGAAGAAUUCUAACACGCUGAAGUAUGAAGGACCGAACCCCUAACAUUCCUCAUCUUUCUCACCUCUUCCUCCCGUCACGCUCCUGACCUAUGUUAGACUCUCUAAAGACUCCUGAAGCUUACCAGGGUGGUGUAGCUCAUCUCCCACAAUUCUUAGAAGCAGCAGAAGCUAUAGUAAGUUGUAGUAAACCUAAAGAAAACACUGUUAGCUAGUCCACGCUGAAGCUUUAUGAACAUAAACAUGAACGGUACCGGCAGGAAGCGGUUUGAGCUGAGAGUUUCUCCCCCAAGGUCACGGUUCUGCUGGAUGGACCAACGAGCCAUUUUAAUUCACGUUGCUGUACAUUUUAUUUCUGAAUGUUUGAAGAUAUUUAUGUCGGAAUAUUUCAUUGCUCGGCUAAUCAUUUGAAUAAAGUUUAAAUUAUUACUGAC